CCCAAGGCGCGAAAAUCGGUGUCACCGGAGCGCUGGGUUUCUAGGCUCAGUCGCCCUUGAUCCUCGACCCCCUAGCACCAGACGUCGAGAGGAGGAGGCACGUGCUUCCAGCGAGGUUGUGAAUCGGUUUACACUCCGCCCCCCGAGCCGGCCAUCCCGCUCCGGCUGAUAAGGCUGAUUGCGGAAACGGGGAUGCCCUCUAUCUGGACCCGGAGUCCUGCUCUUUAUCGGCAGCCCGCUCUUUGUUUAGCGAUGAUCAGCCGGAGCCGGGAACGAAGUUGCGCGCACUUUGCCGCAAGCACGUCGCUCCUUCAUCCAUGACAGUUGGGGACACCACGCCGCCGCCACCAUGGCUCUGAGAUUGAGCAGCCCUGCACUGGUUUUGGCGAGAGGCUUGUUGCGGGAGGCGUCGCGCGGCUGCGUAGAGCCGUCUCUGGUGCUUGGCUCGCGCCGCGAUGCGUCCUCGGCAUCGCUCAAGGAGCGUCUCACCCGCGACCUAGUCCUUCCGGUACCGAACGGCCAGCUGGCUGGCAAGCAGUGGGGGCCCGACGACGGACAGCCAGUCCUGGCGCUGCACGGCUGGCUGGACAACGCGGCCGUCUUCGAACCACUGGUGCCAUUCCUCAAGGCCGAGUUCAAACUGGUGGCUCUCGACCUACCGGGCCACGGCCUGUCGUCGCACCUUCCGGCCCGCGGUCACUACACUCUGGACAGCUACGUAGAAAGCGUGCUGUCGGCCGUCGACCACCUCAAGUGGGACACCUUCUCUGUCCUUGGUCAUGGAAUGGGCGCGGGCAUCGGAUACUACCUCGCCGCUUUGCAGCCGGACAGGGUUCCCCGACUCGCUUCCCUCGAGGGAUCCUUCCCAGCGACGAGCCCUAGCUUCGAGCCGCACGAGUGCGAAGACCAUCGCGACUCGUACACGAGGCAGGAGGUCAUGGACGUGCUGGUAUCGAGAGGACACGGUGCCGCUUCGGCGGAACUGCUCAUGGCCAGAGGUUGCAGGCGCGUGUCGGGAGGCCGCUACGUGUUCACGACCGAUCGCAGAGUGAGGUGCGCGCGGCCACAGGGUCUCUACCCUGGCGUGUUCGACAGGACUCUUCCGCGCUACAGGAACAAUCUGAUGGUGCUGCAGCGGGACUGCAGGCUCACGGACGGCGCGAGGCCGCACCUGGAAGCCCUGGAGGCUAUCGUGCGCUGCCUGGGCGCUGAGGAGUGCGCGCGCUUCAGCUACGUCGUGCUGGAAAGCGAGAAGAACAUGCAUGUCAAUUCAAAUCCAGACACAGUGGCUAGCAGGGUGAACGACUUCAUGUGUACGUGACGCGCGUCUCCGAAAGAACUUUGCUCAAGACAGUCUGGUGAAUGACGGCACUUUUAUUUUAUUUUAUUUGAACAGGGAAGAGCUGCAAGCUAAAAGCAUAUUGGGGGAUCCUCUAUAACGGUAUAAAAGCUACGGAGGAAGAGAAGCUCAAAUUGGCAUUAUCCAAGCUCAUAUGUAAUCAAUACAAAAACAUAAUUAUAGCAGUGGCGUGAACGAUCGGUACCCUAUAACAAGACUUAUGUCAAUUGACGAGCAAUAUGAAGGGGAACACACAUGUUCGUGUUUGAGACGCGAUUACUAUUGAUGUGUACAUAAAAAUCUGACGUAUGGAUCUGCACUAGGUACCUUUUCAUUUGGGCAACGAACACUUUAGUGCUUGACAACGGCGCUUAGCCACUAUGACGUCUUUAAAGUAACUUCAGUGUUCCCUUUCAUAUUGCUCACGUCUGAACGAAUGUCGGGCGCGUGGGAAACACACGACGACCUCGAAGCUCUGCAAUAAAGUUAAACAAAAGCAAUUUGCCAAUGUGGUAGAAAUAGCGUGAGGGGUCGGUAUUACACGGAGAUGACUCGAACGCUGCGUGCGUUGGGUCACGGCCGCAGCUUUUCUGCCUCCGUGGUACGGGAGAGUGCAUGCAUGGCCAAUUUACAGCGCAACCGUCCAUUUAACUUCACCGGACAGCCGGUGCCGGACACUCGGUCUGUUCCAACCAUAUAGCUUUCUGGCCCAAAGACAACUACGUCUCCAUACAAAUAAGUACGUAUGUAUACUGCACAGUGCUUAAAUACAUUGUAUAUAGAAAAGAUGACGACGAAGAAUGAGGGGUUUGGAAUGUUGUAUAUAGCAGAUUGCAAAGA